UUUCUUCCUCGAUAGACGUGCUCGAUAGUGUUUAUAUUCUAGUGCAAAAUUAAAAACUUAUAAUAAUAGUGGCAUAUUAUUCACAUUUUGUAUUUGGAUUUCAGCUUUCAUUGUGCUUAUUUCAAUAUGGUAUUAAAACUAAAACAAUAACAACAACAAACAAUAAAAAUAUUUAAAUUAUUUUUGACCAAAAGUUGAAUUUUCAAAUGCUAGUAUAACAUCAAUAAAACUUAAUAGUGAAUUUAAUUAAAAAACAAAGUUAAAUAAUUGUGUGGCCUCGUGGCCUUUAAGAAAAAACCUUGAUUUUAUUACACAGGUUCUGUAGCCCUUUGACGAGGUAUUCUAGUUCAAGAUGGUUUUGGAAUCUGUUGUUGCCCAUUAUCUUAACAAAUACCUCUUCAAUUAUGUUGAAAAUCUUGACAGUAAUCAACUUAAAAUAAGUGUUUGGGGAGGUGAUAUUGUUUUAAACAACUUAAGAAUACGAGAAAAUGCUUUGGAUGAUCUAGAUCUUCCAGUGCAAUUAGUUUAUGGACAUUUGGGAAAAUUUGUUUUACAAAUACCAUGGAAGUCUAUAUACAGUCAACCCGUUGUGGCACAUAUCGAAGAUUUAUUCCUGCUGGUAUCACCUAAGCAGAGUGUGCCCUAUGAUGCGGAGAAAGAGCAAAAACUUGAAUUGGAACAAAAACAGAUUGCAUUAAAAGCCAUUGACGAAGCGUUCCAAAAGGAAUUAGUGAAAGAUGAAAAUAAAGCAGAUCCCUCAUAUGUUGAAAAAUUGGUUGCUCGUACAAUUAAUAAUAUUCAAGUAAAAAUCGCCAAUGUUCAUAUCAGAUAUGAGGAUAAUUCGAAAAUAGGAAGACCAUUUGCUUUCGGUAUAACCCUGAACAAUUUCGAAAUCUUUACUACAGACGCCAAUUGGCAAAAGUGCUUCGUUGACGGUGUUAUACGUCAUGUUUUCAAGUUGGCUAGUUUGGAUUGUUUGUCCGUGUAUAUGAACUGUAAUGCUGAUACAUACGCUACAAGAUCUGAAAAUGAAAUUAAGGAACUAUUUCGAAGUAACAUUGCAAGUAAAACGAAGACUCCAUCACAAUAUUCCUUUUUAUUGGGACCUAUAUCUUCUGUCGCGAAAUUGUUAUUGAAUUCCGACCCUAACAGAGAUAGUCCUCCAUUCACUAUACCAAAGACGGAUCUAACACUGGAAAUGGAAAAACUUAAUAUUGGUGUGACAAGCACACAAUUUCAACUUAUCGUUGGUUUAUUGGAUGAUAUGAAUCAAUUUCAAUUGGCAGUGCCAUAUCGAAAAUAUAGACCCUACAACAAAAGUUACAAGGGUAAUGCCAGAAUCUGGUGGAAGUUUGCUAUACACUCUGUUUUGGAAGAACAGGUUCGCAAGAAGAAUAGGUCUUGGACUUGGGAACAUAUAAAAGAGCAUCGAGAAUUGUGUAAAACCUAUGCCGAAGCCCAUAAAGAACGCUGUGCCAGUAAAAAACCAUCGGCAACAGUGGAAGCCACCUGUACAAUAGCUGAACAAAAAUUAGAUCUUUUCAAUUUGAUUCUUAUACGCAAGCGUGUCCAGCUUGAAGUCGAUCGACUACGUCAAGGGGAAGAAUUGAAAAAGGAAGCAAUUGCAAAAUCGUCUUGGUUUGGUGGCUGGUUUGGUCGGGGCAAAAAGAAUGAAGAUGAACGUUCCGAUUUAGAAAUAAGCAUUCAAGCUGCCAUGACACCUGAAGAGAAGCGUAAACUACAUCAGGCGAUUGGUUAUGAGGAUAAUAUGGCUCCUUUGGAGUUGCCGGAGCAUUAUGAAGCCAUUCAUAUGAAAUUCACACUAAAAGCUUUAGAAAUUGGUCUCUACGAUGAUUCGGAAUUAUGUAAAACCUAUGGUCGCGGCUCAGUCGAUUGGCAUUCUUUGCAGACCUUAAUGUUGAUCAAACUUAAUAUGACGACCUGUACGGUUAAGCAGCGGCCGGCUGCAAGCGCUAUUAAUGUCUGUGUGGGUAUGAAAGAAUUAGCUUUGACAGGUUUGGAGCAAGAAGGCAUUGCGCCAACAAUUAUUAAAUCUAAAAUAUCAGAUGAAAACAAUCUCCUAGAUAUAUUCUUCGAAACGAAUCCCCUAGAUAAACAAUGUGAUCAACGAAUUAAAGUAACAGCGCGUCCUUUGGAAAUUGUUUACGAUGCGGAAACAAUUUUGAAACUAAUGGGCGUCUUUGUACCACAGCAGCAAGUAAACCUUUCCGAGUUGGAAGGUGCUGCUACUUUGAAAAUAUCAGAUUUUAAAGAACGUUCUGCCACUGGAAUGCAAUAUAUGAUUGAAAGUCAUGCUAUUGUUGAGGUCGAUAUAACUUUCAUGCCAAACAUUUUAAUAUUGCCCCAGGGAGGCAAAUAUAGACCUGGCGAACAAUCAUUGGUAGUUAUAGGAUUGGGUGAAUUUAAAAUAUCAUCCGCUCCACAUCGAAACAAAUCGAAAGACGUUGUAACCAUGCAUCAGGGCGGUAAAGAUCAGGACGAAAUACUACAGAUGAUAAUGGAAAAAGCAUAUGAUCGCUAUAAUGUCUCCAUUGAAAACAUACAGAUAAUGGUUUCUAAACCAGAAGACGAUUGGGAAUUGUGUAUGAGAAAAUUAAUUAUCUCCGACAUGCAUUUGUUGCGACCAACAUCGGUUCUAGUUGAUGCUGAACUAUGUGUAGUUGAUGAUGAUCCCCGUUUGCCAAAGACAAAAAUAAAUAUUCUUCUUCCAUCAAUUAACUUAAAUUUAACAGAGGAUCGAGUUUUUGAAGCCUUAAGAGUGGCCAUGAGCAUACCAUUGCCCGAAAAAGAAAAGCCAGCAGAGCAACCUAAAACAAAUCUCUUAAAGAGUGCAAGCCAAUCGACACUUAUGCGUUCAAUACCACAAUUUUUAAAUCAGGAUGAACGUCGUAAAACUUUAUCAGCAACUGCAGCUACCUCAUUAACUCCUGAAGUUGUGCAGUACACUAGUCUUGAAGUACAUUUCGCUUUGAAGGAAUUCAGCAUUGCUUUAGUCAGGACUUCAUUCGACGUUGAUUCUCCUUUAAGUGACGAUUCAGCAGAUUUCAACACUCCUUCACAGCACUCGGAAGAGUCCGAAUUUUUAGACACGCGAAGCUCUGUAAGCCUAACACAUCAGGAUUCUCAAAAAUUAUUGGCCUUCCAGGUUUUGCAGUUGGAAGUGUACAUGGCCCAGAGAACAUUCGAGAUGGUGGCUCAAGCAAAACUUGGAGCAAUCAGUCUUACAUCCUAUGAAACUCGAGAUAAAAAGGAGGAGGAGCUUGUUGUUAUCGAAACUCCAGGCUUUACUACAGCUGGAAAAUCUCUACUUAACGUUACUUUCACGGCAGUAGAUAAAUCGACCCCAGAUUUCAUUACUAAAUACAAAUCCAUUGAACAAUUGGCGCGCAUUAACUUUGCCACCUUAAACGUUAUAUUGCACCAGGAAAACCUUUUGUAUAUUAUGGAAAUAGCUAACCAAUUACAGCGUAAAGUUGAAAAGAUAACUGCUUCUUCAAAACCGGUCGAAAUUGAUCAGAAUAAAGAUCGUAUAGCUUCGGCGGGCGCCGCUGAUGGUUUUGUAGACCGAUUGGCACGCAUUGCUGAAGAGGCUGAAAUAACGCUUGAACGAAAAACUUCGAUCUCUACCACUAAUGCCUCACCUACCCAAACAAUGACGCGCAGAAGUCGCAAAACUGCUCAGAAUAUUGUUGAGAGCAUAAAAAUGAAAAUUGAAGCCAAUUUAGACCAAGUUGGCUUAGAAUUAACAUGCAAAAAACGUUCCAUAGCAUCAUUAAAAGUUAACCAUUUAUAUGCAGGCGUAGUUUUGAAAACUUCUUAUACCGAAGUUCAGAUUGGCCUAAAAGAUAUUUUAAUAAACGACAUGAAUCCCCUUAAUAUUCACUCCAACAUUUUGUCAAUUGUUGGAAAAGAUGCUCUCAAAUGUGAUGUUGUCUUAUAUAAUUUAGACGAAACGCGGAAUUACAAUUCUGAUGACAUGAAAAUCAAUGUCGAAAUUGGUUGUAUGAAGAUCGUUUUUGUGAAUUGGUUUGUCAAUUCGGUAUUAAGUUUUAUGAAUAAUUUCCAAGCAGCUCAACAAGCUAUAGCCAAUGCUGGAGCCAUGGCAGCUGAUGCUGCCAAACAAAACGCAGUUGCCGUGUAUGAAAAGGCCACUCGCAUGAAAUUGAAUGUUAAGAUCAAAGCUCCUGUUAUUAUAGUCCCCAUAGACUCGAAGAGUCUUGAAGCUGUUGCUUUGGAUUUAGGUCAACUUACAAUGAGUAACGUCAUCACGGACAUAUCGACACCAGGUAGUGACAAAGGUCCUGCUGUUAUGGACGAAAUUAAAUUGAUGCUUAAAGACAUGAGAUUGGCUCGAGUUAACAUUUUAGAAGAAUCACACCUAUAUCAAAGCCAGUCGCUGGAUUCAGACUCUUUAGAUGUCGUAGAUUCAAAUUUUGGUUUUAAAUCGAAAGUUAACAUUUUAGAUCCUACUAGUUUCACGCUUGUAGUAAAACGCAACCUAUCAUUUUCCUGGUAUAAAAAUCUUCCCGAAAUGGAUAUAUCGGGCAGAUUACGCUGUAUUGAUCUUAAUCUUUUUAUGGAUGACUAUGCUUUGAUAAUGUCGAUAUUGAACCGCAACAUGAGAGAGGGUGUAAACGAAUUUCCCACUGUUGUGGCAGAGCCUCCACAAAAACCUCGCAUAUCUCCACCAAAAACUCCCAUAGAUAGUCCAGCCAAAAAGGCAGGCGACCAAUUCUUAGAGAAAAUGCGUGCUAAGGUCUCGCAUCAGGAGAAGAUCAGUGAACAGUUUAAAUUCAAUAUACAGUUGGACGGUGUUGUACUUAACCUAAUGACGGGCGUCAAUGAAGGACUAGCUCGCUUUGGAUUGUAUGUUAUAUCAUUGAAAGGCACCAAACUUAUGGAUGAGACAUUGACAACAAACAUCGUUCUCUGCAAUAUGCAAUUGGACGAUACAAGACCAAGCAACACUAGUGAAAUUACCAAAUAUCUUUGUCGAAAAGACUGGUUUGGAUCAGAAUUAGAAAAACAUGCACAAUCCUCAGAUAUGGCCUACGAGGCAGGUGAAAAAAGUGUCAAGGACUCACAGUAUAUGUUAGAUAUUACAGCGGUCCUUAAGCAGAACGACACCGUAGCCAAUGUGCGAAUUUCUAGUUUUGAUCUUAUAUUGUGUGUUGAUUUUCUCUUAAAACUGUCCGAGUUCUUUAAAACACCUGAUGUAGAAGAGUAUAUAGAAAUCGCAAAAGAGAAACCAGCAGAAGUAAUACCAUCUACACAACAACAGUCUACACAAUUGAAAAGUCUGGCCACCGUAGCUACCGUGGCGCGUGAAGCAAAAGAAUCUAAUGAAGCUGUUAAUAAAAUGAAUUUAACAUUGGUUAUCGAUGAACCAGAUAUUAUUUUAGUUGAGACACUUAAAGAUAUGAAUACCAGUUCUAUUAUAUUUAAUAUGCAAGCAAAACUCAUAUAUCGAGCUAUAGGUGAAAAACAACUUAUUAAUGGAAACAUUGAUGGUUUGAAAAUGUACAUGUGUUCAUUCAUGCCUGAAAGACGAGAAGCUACAAGACAUUACAUUUUACAUCCAUGUGUUAUAAAUUUACAUGGUUCUACACCUGAAGAGGAUGGAAUGCACAUAAGUUUAAAAACAAGUGAAAUUAUUAUAAAUAUUUCUCCAGCUACCCUGGAAUUAUUUAACAAAGCCAUGCAGACCAUAAACACUGCCGAAACGGAUGAGACUAAGAUGUUGGAAGCUAAGAAUUACAGCGAUAUUUGGACACCAAAGAAAUAUAAUGAACAUGAUUAUUGGUUCCUUAAAGCGGAACCAGCUGAAGACGCUUUAGAAACUUUGGAUGCCCAGCAAGCGGUUAGUACCUGUGGCAGUGUCAAGACGGAACGUUGUGUGAUAGAAAUCCCAAGCAUAAUGCUGGUAUUGGAAGCGGGUAUUGGUUAUUACACAACACCUUUAAUUUCUAUGGACACCUGUUUGAAUGCUAUUGCUAACGAUUGGAGUAGCAAUUUAAGUGUAAAUGGUUCCUUAACUCUCACCAUGAACUACUAUAACCAGUCAUUAGCCGUAUGGGAACCAGUUAUCGAGAAAAAUGAACACAUUGCGAGAGAUGGUGAGCGUAUAUUUUCGCCUUGGGAGUUGAAUUUUAAUCUUGGAAUUGAGAAGAAUCCUUCAGAAUUUGAAGAAAAUAAAGUGGAUCAAACUACAACAAUUAAAAUACAUUCGGAGGAAAAUUUGGAAAUGACAGUUAGCAAAACAUUCUUAGAUUUAAUUGGUACAUUAGGCGAGGCCUUCGGGCAAGCUAUGGAUCCCAAUGGUCUAAUGAAACCAGAUGUUAUUGCUCCAUAUGUGAUUGAAAACGAUACAGGGUUCGAUAUCAACUUGAAUUUUGCCUCUGGCAUAUUUACUUUACAUGAAUGUCAUAUUCCAAACUCAAAUGGAACAAGUACCCUAAAUGGCUCCAUAGUUUUCAAAAAUGAUUUAUCUUGCACUGUUACCGCUGAUUCGAUCAAGUGCUGCACUUUGUCUCCUGGCUGUAAGGCGUAUUUACAAACUAAAAACUUGGCCACCAUUCAGAAUCCAGACGAAGAAGAAUAUAAUAUUUAUGUUACGGUGGGACAUAUACAAAAACAAUUAGUAUUACCAGUUUCCAAGUCGGAUAAACGCUACUUUUCUCUGUUCCGUGAUACUAAUCAAGAUCCUUGGGGUAUUGUUUCUGAAGUUAACUCCGAAUACGGCACCACCAGCAUCAAUAUACACAGCGUCGUUAAUAUACAAAAUCAUUUUACGACUUCUAUAAAAGUUCUGCGUAUGAAUGCCAAGACUAAGGAAAUGAUACUUGUUGGUGCCGUUGAACCUGGUAAAGUUUAUCAUGUACCCUUGCAUGCCAUCUAUUCAGAAGGCAAAUAUUUGCAUUUUGCAAUUGAGGACUAUCAUACAUCAGUUCAGGGCAUCAAAUGGGAUGACUGUCCUACUGAUAUGAAUUAUAUGCGUCAUCUUCAAUGUGAUCCCAUUGAGACAUUUGAACCAUUCUUUAUAAAUGUUAGUCGCGAAAAAACCGAAAUUUACCAUGAACACUCAAAUAAAUUUAAAUUAAUGAGUGCCUACUAUACUUUGCAUUUAAGACCACCAGUAUAUCUCCGUAAUGCUUUGCCUAUUAAUAUAACAGUAUCGGUAGCCGGGUGUUCAGUGCGUGAAACAGUAUCUAAUUUGGCAGUACAAACAGAAGAAUCAUUUACCUCGACUCCCGAAACUGAUACCGAUAGUAAGAAACCUCUACACCAAAGUGAUCAUUCAUUCGUAAAAGAAGACUUAUUAGAUUAUGGCGAGAAGGACAUUGAAGCCGGCAGUGUUUUACAUUUGCCCACAGUCAAAUUGGCAGGACGUAGCAAAGACUCCAAAAGCUAUUUAGUCAUAAGGAUGAUUCAAUAUUUGGAGCGUGAUUGGUCAUGUACAACUGAAAUUUCGGAAAAUCAUCCUGAUGUUACCAAUUGGAAAUUUAACUCUUACGAUUCGGAUGCUAAAAUGAGCAUGGAUUUGUGUGUUAUGUUUGAAGAUCGUAAUGGCAGUUUGCUAAUAACACUCUUCUCACCAUUCUGGUUAAUCAAUAAGACCGGCGAGAUGUUAAGCUAUAAAACGGAUAGUGAAACUGUAGAAGUAUUGUACCAUCCACCCGAAUAUAAUGGACCUAUACUGUUUUCAUUGCGUGAUAAGUAUUUGUUUGAUAAAAAGAGUUGUUCAAUUAGAGUUGAAAACGGCGAAUGGAGUAAUAAAAUACCUUUGGAUGUGGCUGGUUCAACUGGUUCGGUUGGCUGUAAAGCCAAUGAUAAAACCUAUCAGAUCGGUGUCCAUAAUCAUUUAACGCAAAAUUCCUUAACGAAACAAAUUACGUUUAUUCCUUAUUACACCAUAACCAACAAAUGUAGUUACGUUAUUGAAAUUCAAGAGAGUUCCCGACCUGGCGAUCCUUGGACAAAGUUAUUACCUAAUGGCUGUUUUCCAUUGUGGCCCAAAAAUGAUUCUGAUCAUAUGAUGGUGGCUAGAGUCGAUGGCCAACGUACUGUACCCUUUAAAUAUUCAGAGCCCAUUUGUAAUUUAUUACAACUUAAUACUAAUAAGAAUGGUGGUAUAAAUGUAGAUGUACAAACUACGGAAGGCGGCAUCUACAUAACAUUUACUGAAUAUAAUCCAGGUGAUGCUCCUGGUCUUCUUAUUAACCAUACCAGAAAACCCAUUUAUUACCAUGAAAAGGGAGUUGAUAACAAAAUGGUUUUGCAACAGCGUCAACAAGUACUUUACACCUGGUCCAAUCCAGCUGGAGAUAGGCUGUUGGUGUUUGGCGAAAAUAGCCUAGAAAGUGAUCUGAGGCGAGAUGGUAUUGGUAAUUUAACUUUGGAGGAUAACACAAAAGUAUAUUGGGUUUCCUUUUUGGACGGUUUACAAAGAGUGAUACUAUUUACUGAAUGUGAGGAAAUAGUUACCAAGUCAGAAACCUCAACUGCAUUGCAGAGUAUAACGCAAUCGAUUGAAGUAAAAAUUCAUGGCAUUGGUUUAUCACUAAUUAACAAUGAGACUGGUGUUGAUAUCUUAUAUUUGGGUAUAACAAGCUCUGGCGUUAUAUGGGAAUAUAAAAAGGAGAAUAAAAAACGUUUUAAGCAAUUAAGUUUGCACGAUACUGCUUUGAUGGAAGCACUUUAUCAGGAGUAUUUAGUAGAUAAAGGUGUACAUGGUGUUACUGAUAAGUGUUAUAUGUUGGAGGGAAAACAUCAGAUUAAUUUCGACAGUUUAAAAAUGGUUAAGAACAAUGUAACACGUGAUAUAAAACGUUAUUUCCAACCUGGUGUAUGGAUUGCCUUGAAUUCAUCGCCAUUCCAAUCGCAAAUUCAUGCUAAAAUCAAUCGCAUCCAGUUGGACAAUCAACUUACUGACUGCAUAUUCCCUGUUGUAUUGGCUCCUAUACCACCUCCGAAAACCUUGGCUAAAACAAUACACUUCAAACCCAUCAUUGAAGUCAGUAUUGUUGAGAGAGUUGUGCCUCAUUCGAAUGUGAAACAAUACAAAUAUGCCAAAAUGCUAAUGCAGGAAUUCCAUUUCAAAGUGGAUCUAGUGUUCCUAAUGGCCAUAGCUGAACUUUUCACAAACACUGUGGACGAUGAACGAGAGGCUAAACUUUUUAAGGAUGAUGUUGAUACCAUUGUACGGCCUCUAUCCGAUUUAGUACAGAUACAAUCCCAACAACAACAAAAGAAUUUCUAUGACAAUUUACAUCUGGGUCCAAUGAAAGUUCACGUAAGCUUCUCAAUGGCUGGUGUUGAUACUUCAGUUCUUCCUGGCAUCCUUUCGAAGUUAGUUCAAGGCGUUGGUGUUACACUAACCGAUGUUAAUGAUGUCGUUAUACGUUUGGCCUUCUUCGAAAGAGAGUAUCGUUUCUUUACACAAGAACAACUAAUUUCCGAAAUUACUUCGCAUUAUACCGGGCAAGCAUUAAAACAGAUUUAUGUCCUAGUAUUGGGCUUAGAUGUUUUGGGCAAUCCCUAUGGCCUGGUAAUUGGCAUUAAAAAAGGCGUUGAGGAUUUGUUCUAUGAACCUUUCCAAGGAGCUAUACAGGGACCUGGCGAAUUUGCAGAAGGUUUGGUUUUAGGUGUGAAAUCAUUAGUUGGUCACACAGUAGGUGGUGCUGCGGGAGCAGUAUCUAAGAUAACCGGCGCUAUGGGCAAAGGAUUGGCUGUUCUAACAUUUGAUGAAGAAUAUCAGAAGAAGCGUCGACAAAAUAUGAAUGCUAAACCGAAAACUUUCCAGGAAGGAAUGGCACGCAGUGGCAAAGGCUUAGUAAUGGGCUUUGUGGACGGUGUUACCGGUUGUGUAACAAAGCCUAUUUCUGGAGCCAAAGAAGAAGGUGUUGAAGGCUUUUUCAAAGGCCUCGGCAAAGGAACAAUAGGCUUGGUAACAAGGCCUACCGCAGGCAUUGUUGACUUUGCCCAUGGUACCUUUGAUUCCGUAAAACGUGCCACUGAAUUACAAAGUGAGACAAGACGCCUAAGACCUCCCCGCUUCAUACAUGAAGAUAAGAUAUUAAGAGAAUAUUGUUUGGACGAAGCUAAAGGCAAUCAACUGCUUAAAGAAAUUGAUAAAGGCAAAUAUGCAAGUACUGAUAACUUUGUUCAUUGUGAGGAAAUUAUAACAAAACAGGAAUAUGUUGUGGUUUCGAAUCAUCGUAUUAUCUAUGUAACACGCAAUGACAUGUUUGGAUCAUGGAGUGUACAAUGGACAUAUUUGUGGUCAGAAAUUGAACGAGUUAGCAGUUCUGAUCGUGGAGUAGAAAUUCUCUUAAAGAAGGAGGGAAAGAAGGUAUUGGGUCUGUUUAAUUCCAGCGAACAACAACAUAAACUUAUAAUGAUGCCCCUAAAAAAACGUCGCGAAAAACUGCUUGAAGCAAUCGAAUCUCAUCGUAAUAUUUCAUAGAAUGAAACGCUUUCUAAAAACAAAAACGAAUGUACUAUUUAAUUAUUAUAUAAAAAAGUAUAAAUAACAACAAACACAUUUAUAUUAUUCAGUUUCUUUGAUUUGAAAUGUUUCCUUUUUUAAUGCGAAAAACAAAUAUUUUUUACUGAUAUUUUUGUGAUAAUAUAUCAAUAAUCAAGCUUAAAAACCACACAACAAUAACAAGAAUAAUAAUAAUAAUAGCUAAGCAGAAACAAUAAAUAUUUAAAUAUUUCUAUGCAACUGUUAAUUGAAUAACAUUUCUUUUUUAUUGAUGUUGUUAAAAAUAUGUUGAAAAAAAAACAAAUAAAUAUUUAUUUUUAACUUGAAGUACAUACAAC